CCAAUUGUUCUUUGAUCAGCAAUCGAUGAAGAAAUGAAAGUGAAAAUGUGGACUCCAGGACGGAUGACAUGGCUACCAACAAGCAGGUCUUAACCUUGGCCGAGGAUUUAACCUGCUCCAUCUGCCUGUCUCUGUUUGUGGAGCCGGUGCGGCUGGACUGUGAUCACAACUUCUGUAAAUCCUGUAUCCAGAAGUGUUGGGAAAACCAGAGUGAGGUCGUGUCCUGCCCGGAAUGCCGCGCUGUUUUCUCCCAGAAGUGCUAUAAAAGUGCCAGGGUGUUGGCCAAUCUCUGUGAGAAAGCCCGGCUGCUAGACCUGAAGCCGGACCCUCAGCCUGACGGAGAGGCGGUGGGGUCUCACUGUGAGGAACACGACGAGAAGCUGAAGCUCUUCUGUGAGGACGAUUUGUCCCUGAUCUGUGUCAUUUGUAGAGAUUCACCCGCACAUUCGGAGCACAGCUUCCUGCCUGUUGGGGAUGCGGUGAAAAAGUACAAGGUCCAGCUGAAAUCCUCCUUAGAUUCUUUGGAGGACAGAAAGAAAUGCAAAAGUGAAUUAAAACAUCAGCAGGAGGAGAAGAUUUCAGAACUGGAUGAACUCACAGGAACCCUGGAGCAACACAUCUCCAAACAAUUUGCCAAAAUUCACCAAUAUCUUCAAGACAAAGAAACUUGCUUAAUUGAAGAACUCAGGAUGCACCGAGAGGAAGAUUUUCAAUUAAUGAAGACAAACUUAGCAGUGAUUGAUGAAGAAUUAAAGCCCCUUGAAGAGCAUAUAUCUAACCUUCAAGCUGUCAUUGACCAGCAAGACAACAUCAUUUUUCUCAAGGAAAUGAAAAGAUUGCCAGAAAGAUGCCUUGGGAAUGAAGGAGAGGAGGGAAGUGAUGAAGAUGAUGCUGAUGAUGAAGAUGAUGCUGAUGAUGAAGAUGAUGCUGAUGAUGAAGAUGAUGAUGAAAAUUAUGAUGAUGAUGAUGAAAGUGAAGAAAGCGGAAAUGAAGGAAGUGGAAGUGGAUCUGAAGAACAUGAUGAAGAUACGGUGGGAUUCAAUGUCCUGACACUGGGCGAGUUCAGAGGACCUUUACUGUAUGUAAUAUGGAAAGAAAUGAAGGAGAUCAUCUCUCCUGUUCCAGUGCCACUGAUUCUCGACCCAAACACAGCACAUCCUCAGCUUAUCUUGUCUGACAACCUAACCAGCAUGAAACUCGGUGACAUGGAAGUACCACUUUUUAAUAAUCUAGAGAGAUUCGAUGAGUUUCCCUGUGUCCUGGGAUCAGAGGGAUUCACAUUAGGGAAACACUACUGGGAGGUGGAAGUAGGGGACAUCCCUGACUGGCUUAUUGGUGUGGCCACUGAGUCAGCCAAUCGAAAGGGGGAAAUCAAUCCUCUCCCUGAAAAUGGAUAUUGGACUCUGUCGUUGACAAAUGGAGAUAAUUAUGAGACUGAUGAGAUUUUUAAACUGAGUGUGAAACCCAGCACCAUCGGAGUUUACCUGGACCACGAGGGAGGACAGUUGUCAUUUUACAAUGCUGAUGACAUGUCUCAUCUCUUCACUUACACUGACACAUUCACUGAGAAACUCUUUCCGUAUUUUGCUCUGACUGAUAUUGAUAAAAAUGCCAAGCCUCUUAAAUUGCGCCAUUUAGUAGUGUGAGACAUUAUACUAUAGAGGCAGCAGCCAAGGAAGAGAAAUAAUCUUGAUCCCACUGUUGUGUAUAUUCUAUUCUUACAAAGAAAACCAGAACUUUCAACAUGUAGCUAGUGCGUUCUGCUCAGCAAGAAUGACCCAGAUUGAAAGCACAUUUAAACCAAUGGAGCUGUAUCUGUAUCGGUGUAGAUCAGUGUAUGGAAAGGAUUAAUUUGAUGGCCCGGAGGUCUGCCAAUAUUUUAAUCCUAUUCACUUCUCAGAACACUCUCAUAUUAAUAUCCUUCAGCUUUAGCCUGUUAAGUGAGGAAGUUUAACUCAAUUUUGAUGCGGUGACAAUAGAAUUAGUUACUCCUGACCUAUUCUGCUUAAUGUUUAAACCAAUAUAUUUAAAGCCACUGAAACCUAACUUCCAAUCUUGAAUUCCACUUUAAUCUUGUUAGUAGCACAUUUCUAAAAUUCCACAGUACCACCCCAUUAGAAAUCAUCAACAUGCAUCAUGAAGAUGCUGAAAUUUCCCUUUUUGAUGCCAAUAAAACAUUGCAGGAUCUGCUUUUAGUUGAACAUAGCCUACUUUCAGCAAAACAGAUCUCACUGACAAAUACCACACCCUCGAGGCAUCAUUCAGGCCAUAAACACAUUUGUUUAGUUUCCAAAAUUUCACUUCUGGAUUUUUCGCCUCUAGGCGGUUUCAAAAUCCUUUCUGCCUGAAAUUGAUCACCAUGCUAAAAUGUGACUUUUAUGUCAAUUGAUCAACGCUCCCAUGAAUAUGGGACCAAAAGAGCUAAAAAAGACUUUCAGAAUUACUUUUCCCAAUGUGGUAGAGUCUACUCUUAACAUCUGUUUCAACCAGUAGCUCUUCAAAAUUCCAAGCAGCUUGUCUUGCUUUAGUCUUAUAAGUCCCAUUUGCGAGGACCGUUUCGAUACACGUCCAUCCAUGCGACAGGGCUGGCUGUCUUCUAUCUUGUACUUCAGAGUAAACUACAAAUUCCUUCCCGCUAUCUAAUCCCUUUUGUUUUGCCUCUCUUAUUAGUUUACUCUUUGUUUAUUUGCAGUCACCCAAACUUCGGUCAUGAGGACUUCAGCUUCUAGUCGUAACUCAACACUGUUCUGUAGCCCUACUUUCAUUGUGUAAUCUAUUUUAGCUGCGGCCCCUGUUUGCACUUCAAUGUCUUUCGGGAUGACUACUGUAAGAUCUCACUCUCACGUGGUCAGAUACUCUUUCUCCAGUACGUGGCCAUUUUGUAACACAAGAUUCACUCUCACACCCACUAUUAGAACUCUCACUGGGUUUUCUUACUUUCCAUUAUUUUACCCCAUUCUGCCAGUCAAUGGACCUCACUUCUUGGCCAUUGCCUUGAAUACUUAACCUGUAUUUAAACUUGUCAGUAGCUUUUCCAGCACGUUCUACAAUAGUCCCAUUCCUCCAUUCACUGGGCUCUUCUAGAACACUUGUCACCCAAGGCCCCAUUUAAAGCAAGUGGCCUUUGGAUGUGAUAGCCCUGUCCUGUGCAUCAUAAUCGCUCAAACUAUCACCGUCCAGCCCCUGAUCUGUUGUAUUCUGUUUCUCAGGACUGUCAUCACAAAACACUUGAGUACGUGAGGUACAGGGUGCCUGAUCACUUUCUAUAAGCUGCUUAGAUUCUGAGAGUUUGUAAUCACGGAAUCACAGAAUCUUAAUGGCACAGAAGGAGGCUAUUUGGCCCAUCAUGUCUACACCAGAAUGAUCAUUAUGACCUGUUGCCAUUGCCCUGCAUUUUCCCUGUACUCUUGCACAUUAUCUCUAUUCAAUUAAUCAUCUAAUGUCCUCUUGAACACCUUGAUUGAACCUACCACACUACCAGACAGUGCAUUCCAGACCCAAACCACUCGUUGCAUGAAAAAGUUUUUCUCACGUCACAUGUGCUUCUUUUGCAAAUCACUUUAAAUCUGUGCCCUCUCAUUCUUGAUCCUUUUACGAGUGUG